UAAAUAAUGAUUAUAACAUGAAUAUAAUAGACUAUACUAAUUGAUCAAUAGUGUAAUACAACCUGCAUAAUUAAUGUGUGAAUGGACUGAAUGUGUGUAUUUAGAAAGUACCUGCAUCUUUAUUGUUUAUUCUCUGAUGAUUCUUGAUUAAAUAUUUUAAAGUGGUCUUGUCUGUGAAUAAGUGACCACAACUCAUAUUUGACGAAAACUGUGAAACUGUUUACAGGAAUAAAUACAUGCAAUGUGCUUCAAAAACGGUAAUAAAAUGAGAUUUCUGGAAACUAAAUUGAAUUGUAAGUGAAGAUGUAAUAUAUAUUACUUUUACUUUAAAAUGUGUAUGCGUUUGUGUUUGCAAUUCAACAUUUGUUAACACAGCACUGUUCAUUUUUAAAAUCAUGCUGGACAGGAAAAACCGGGGCUAAGAAAUGUUUCACAACAAAAUAAAAGAGGAAUUAUGGGUAGCUAAUCUCUCUGCCUUCAGAGACUGUGUAAGCUUUUUCUUUUAUGUAGCAACAUUUUUGUGGGACUGAAACUAGAAGACUCAACUGAGCGAAAAAAGAGAAAUGUGUGGAUACAUUUCCCUCAUUUUCCUUUGGAUAUCCCUCCUUCUCUCUUUACCCUGUGGUUAUAAUGGAGAUAAGAUCCUGGUUUUCCCCGUUGAUGGCAGUCACUGGGUGAACAUGGAGGUUCUGGUGAAGAAGCUGCACUCUAAUGGACAUGAGCUGAGUGUGAUUCGCAUUACGGACAGCUGGUUCAUUCAGGAGAAUUCACCUUACUACACCUCAAUUACAGUGAAGCUUAAAAAGAAUUACAUAGGCCUGGACCUGUUCGAGAACACAGUACAAAGGAUUCUUGAGGCCCGCAGGAAGGGCUCAAUGAUGGGACUGCUGGUCCAGAUGUCAGAAUUUAUUGGUGUCAUAAAUGUUGCUCACACUGCAAACUGUGCCAUGCUCACCACCAUGCUGGAGAACAAAGAUCUGAUGAAACAAAUAAAGAUGGCAAACUAUGACUUGAUGCUCACUGACCCUGCCAUGCCUGGUGGGGUCAUUCUGGCACAUUACCUCCAACUUCCAAUGGUCUACAACGUCCGUUGGAUGAGUUUCGGAGAAGGCCACUUCUCCAUCGCACCUUCUCCCAUAUCCUACGUGCCUGUUCCUGGCUCAGGCCUGACGGACCGAAUGAGUUUGUUAGAAAGAACCCGCAACCUUCUACACUAUGGAUUGAACCUCAUUCAAGAGCGCUGGCUGGUGAUUCCUAUGUACUCCAGCUUGUUGCUCAACUACUUCUCUCCUGGCGCUGACCUCCUAGCCAUGCAACGUUCGGCGGAGCUGUGGCUUGUCCGUGUAGACUUUGUGUUCGAAUUCCCACGACCCUCCAUGCCAAACCUCAUCUACAUUGGUGGCUUCCAGUGUCGUCCGGCCAAGGCUCUCCCUGCAGAGCUGGAGGAGUUCAUGCAGAGCUCAGGAGACCAUGGGGUGGUCGUGAUGUCUUUGGGAACACUGAUUGCAGGAUUGCCCAGAGAGGUCAUGGAUGCCAUUACCACAGCUUUCGCUCGCAUGCCACAGAAGGUGGUGUGGAGGUUUAUUGGCGAAAGACCUUCAUCGUUGGGCAAUAACACCCUACUGCUUAAUUGGAUACCUCAGAACGACUUGCUGGGCCAUCCAAAGACCCGUGCUUUCGUGGCUCAUGGGGGUACAAAUGGUCUAUACGAAGCCAUCUAUCAUGGGGUGCCAGUUCUGGGACUCCCUUUGCUAUUUGACCAGCUAGAUAACAUUGUACGUCUUCAGGCAAGAGGGGCGGCACGGAUGCUGGAGGCAGCUACUUGUACUACAGAAGAGUUUCUUGAAGCUUUGAGAGAUAUCUUAGAGAACCCAACGUAUCGUCAGAACAUGCAGAAGCUCUCCAGUUUACAUCAAGACCGGCCUCUGCAUCCUCUCGACAAAGCAGUGUACUGGAUCGAGUAUGUCCUGCGCAAUAAAGGUGCACCCCACUUACGUGCUGAGGCCUACAACAUGUCCGUGUUCUCCUACUACUGUCUAGAUGUUGCUGCAUUUGUUCUCAUGAUACUUCUGCUGACUCUGGGGGUUGUCACAAUAUGGAUACGAAGACGGAAAAGAGAGGCAAACAAGGCAGUGAGAGAUCACAACAAAAAAACUAUAAAGGAAGGCAGUAAGAGGCUGAAAGAGACCAUUAAUGCUUUGAAAGAGAGCAAUAAUAUUCCCAUUCCAAAACCAAGAGCAAGCAAAAGAAUUUAGUUUAUUUUAUUUUUCUUCAAUAUCCUUCCCCUAGUGUUAUUGUUAACUAAAAGUAUUAAAAUUGCUUUUGGAAACUUAAAUAAUUCUGAAAUUAAAUACAAUAUAUCUAUUAA